AUGUCUAGAUUAAACGAAUAUCAAGUUAUUGGUCGUAAUUUACCAACUGAAUCCGUUCCAGAACCAAAGUUGUUCAGAAUGAGAAUUUUUGCUCCAAACACCGUUGUUGCCAAAUCAAGAUAUUGGUAUUUCUUGCAAAAAUUGCAUAAAGUUAAAAAAGCUUCUGGUGAAAUUGUAUCUGUCAACAUUAUUUCUGAAGCUAAACCAACUAAAGUUAAAACUUUUGGUAUUUGGUUAAGAUAUGAAUCCAGAUCUGGUAUUCAUAACAUGUACAAAGAAUACAGAGAUGUUACUAGAGUUGGUGCUGUUGAAACCAUGUACCAAGAUUUAGCUGCUAGACACAGAGCUAGAUUUAGAAGUAUCCAUAUUUUGAAAGUUGUUGAAUUAGAAAAAACUGAUGAUGUUAAAAGACAAUACGUUAAACAAUUUUUGACUAAAGAUUUGAAAUUCCCAUUACCACACAGAGUCCAAAAAUCUAAGAAAUUGUUCCAAGCUACUGCUCCAACCACUUUCUACUAA